GUCGUCGAUUUCUGCAGGAUAAAUAAGUGCGUCAUCCAUCAGGUGUCUCGUCAUAAGGCGGCGGACACUCCCCACCUCAUUCAGCCCAGCAAAGCCAGCCUGCCUCCUGUCAGCUCGAUCAUAGCGGCCAGAGGGGAGGCAAAGAGAGGCAGCCAAGUGUGGACGCAGUCCGGAUGGUUAAAUCUAACCUACAGACGAUUUUGAAUAGUCACUGUUUUGCUAGAGAAAAGGAAAGAAACUUAACCGAAAUGCCUGUAAUCGAACAGUCCAGUAAUAAUAAACCGGAAAGUGAAAGUAUCUCCAGUUCCUGGAGGUGCUCCCGCUGUUGCAGUAACCCGUGUCCGGGGCCUCUGUGGUGCUCCGAUGCCCCUCACCCACCCCUGAAGAUCCCAGGUGGGCGAGGGAAUGACCAGCGGGAUCGCAAUCUUUCAGCUAAGCUAUUCUACUCUGAUGCUCAGUUGCUGGUUCUUGAGGAACCACCUGCCCCGGCCACCAGCAGAGUGCGCUUCUUGCUUUUCGAGCCACGCUUCACUGAAGGCAAGAACUGCGUAUGGAGGGCAGCGCUCAAAGGAGGCAACCUCUACGUUGAAAUCCCCCCCGGUGCAUUGCCCGAGGGCAGCAAAGACAGUUUUGCUCUCCUGCUGGAGUUUGCAGAAGAGCAGCUGCAGGGCGAUCACGUGUUCAUCUGUUUCCACAAGAGUCGUGACGAUCGAGCAUCCCUCCUGCGCACAUUCAGUUUCCUGGGCUUUGAGAUUGUGAGACCGGGUCAUCCCCUCGUCCCGUCCCGCCCUGACGCUUUCUUCAUGGCUUACAGCAUUGAGCGAGACUCCUCAGAUGAUGAUUAAAUUAAGGGAAAACAAACACCUGGCAGUUCCAAAUGUUCCUUUCCCCUCAUCUUCACCAAUCCACCACGUGUAGUAGAUGUGACUAUAUUCUAAUCAAAGUGUGUGUGACCUACCAUGUGCUGUGAUCCAGGCCAGGAAUGUAAACAAGCACGUGGCAUGCGGGCCACUGUUGUACUUCCUGUGACAUCUAGUGAUGACUUCCUGUUCACCAUAGUCAGCACAGGCUGAUUUAUAUUUAUGAUUACAUUGGAAUUCAUUCAUCUUACUCCUGGAAGUAAAGUUGUUUUCAUAGUAAUUGUGAGUUGAUUCUCCUGUAUAUGUUGAUUUAUUGUUUUUGUUUUCUGUGUGUGCAUGAAUUUCAUUUAAUGCUCUGAUUCACUUGACAGAAAUUUGCAUGUUGAAACGGAAUCAAUUAAAAGUACUCACCUUA